CCGUCGAUGAUGGAGCGGCGACACCGAGCAUCCCCUCAGCUGUGAAAACUCUCAUUAAUUUUAGGAUUUUUUCCCCUUUUUUCCUUUUACCUUCAGAGGAGAAGGACAUGCAGUGAUGAAACGGGGCCGUGCGGAGCAGAUCCAGUACGCGGUGGCGCAGUACCUGAAGCGGCGCCAGUAUGUGGAUGUAGAGAGCUCGCUCAAAGGGGCUAAGCUGACGCAGUCCGCAGAGGAAAUGGCCGCCAGUCUCACGGUCCAAACAGAGUCUAGCUGUGCAAACGUGGUGUCAGCAGCACCCUGCCAUUCAGACUCUCAGCAGUAUGAGUCUCAGUUCUCCAGGUUACGCACCUUUUUGCUGGAGGCGGAGAUACCGUUGGGCCGGGAGGUGAGCGCGGUCCUGUUUCCUCUCUUCCUCUACCUGCAUCUGGACAUGGUGCGCUGUGGCCUGAAGGGGGCAGUAGACGCAUUCUACGGCCGCUUCCACUCGCUCUUUCAGCAGGAUGGCGAGCAGAAGGCCAUCGUCGAGCAGCUCCGUGGAGUGCUCACGCCACAGGAUGUGGCCUCAAACUCCAAACUGUGUGCCCUGCUGGACCACAAGUACGUGGUCCACCUGACAGACCGCGCCUACAGCUACCUCCUACGCUACCUGCAGAGUGAGGACAACAGCGCCCUCUGCAGGGUGCUCAGCACACACCUACAGGUGGAGGUGACGGCCGUGCGCCACACCGACUACCAGCUCUACGGGGCGGGGCUCGUGGCGGGGGUGGACGGGGCAGAGGGGGCGGAGUCCGUGGAGGUCCCGGCAGGGCUGCCACAGAGCGAGGCGGCGCUGGAGGCGCUGCAGGAUUGCAUCAAGCGCGUGCGGGAGGGCCCGCCCUCGCUGACCACCGUCUGCUUCUACGCCUUCCGGGACCCGGAGGGGCUCCUGAACGGCGCCGAGGUGUCGCCCGACAGCCGCCUCCUCGCCGCCGCCUUUGACAGCUCCGCCGUCAAGCUGUGGAGUCUGCGCGCCCGCAAGCUGAAGGCGGCGCCACACGCCGCCGACGUGGCCACCGUGCGGCUGGCCUGUGACGUGCUGGAGGAGGAGGCGGAUGAAGAGGACAGCUCGGGGAGCGAGACGAAGACCCUGCGGGGCCACUGUGGGCCAGUGUACCGCGCGGCCUUCCUGACGGACAGCUCGGGCCUACUGUCGUGCUCUGAGGACUCAACGGUGCGCUACUGGGACCUGCGCACGUUCACCAACGCGGCGCUGUUCGCCGGCCACGCCUACCCCGUGUGGGACGUGGCCGUGAGCCCGUGCAGCCUGUACUUCGCCACAGCGUCACAGGACCGCACGGCACGCCUCUGGACGCUCUCGCGCGCCUUCCCGCUGCGCGUCUACGCCGGCCACCUGGCCGACGUCGACUGCGCGCGCUUCCACCCCAACUCCAACUACCUGGCGACAGGCUCCACUGACAAGACUGUGCGCCUGUGGAGCAUCCAGCAGGGGGCAACGGCACGCCUGUUCACGGGCCACCGCGGGCCCGUGCAUGCCCUGGCCUUCUCGCCCAACGGCCGGUACUUGGCAUCGGCGGGCGAGGACCAGCGUGUCAAGCUGUGGGACCUGGCGUCGGGCGGCCUGCUGAAGGACCUCCGCGGCCACGCCCACUCCGUCACGGCCCUGUCGUUCAGCCCGGACAGCUCGCUAGUGGCGUCUGCCGCCCUGGACAACUCCGUGCGGGUGUGGGACAUCCGGGGCGGGCACGGGGGCGGGGCGGGGCCGGCGGCAGACGGCUCCAGUGCGGAGCUGGUGGGGCUGUACUCCGGGGAUACGGGCAGCGUGCUCAACGUACAGUUCAUGGCCUGUAACCUGCUGCUGGUGACAGGCACAGCACCGGAGAAACAGGAGCAGUGAUGGACAGACGUGUGUGUGUGUGUGUGUGUGUGUGUGUGAGAGAGAGAUAUUGAGAGUUGGAGAAGGGUUGGUCCAUAUUUAACUUCAGAUUUUGCAGCCUAAUGUCCCAGUAAGCACAGUUAUGUGGACAGACCUGAUUCUAGGUCAGUAUGACAUAUGUUGAACAGGCCGUGUUACGGGACUUUCACUCAAGACUGCACUUCUGUAGCAUCUGUGUUUGAAUUUCAAGACAAGUAAUGAAGCUUUCAAGAAAGAAUGAAGGCUGAUUUAGCAACUGUUUGCUUAACACUUCAAAAAGUUAUGGCCUGUUUACGUUUUACUGUUUCAUGUGUUUGUUUGGGGUUUUUUUGGUGGGGGUUUUUUUAAGGUGGAAUUUGAAUUUUUUAAAGGAAGGUCUUGUAAUUUGCAGAAGACCAUUGCCUUUGUGUGUGUGUUUUUUUUUUUUUCUUUGAAAUUCGAGACCCAGCCUGGUUUGCCACCUGUGUUCAGAGAUGUGCGUUAUAUCCCACAAUGCUCAGGAUCUAGGCGAGUUUAAACAUGAAGAAUAAAGAUGUCGCUACAGGGGUUAAAGGUGCACUAAGCAAGAUUGGUUUUUUUUUUCUCUAUUUUUAUCAUAGCUGAAGCCCCACUGAUGUUUUGGUAUUUAUAUAAUCUUGCACCAUGCAGGAUUAUUUUGGAGAAUGGCUCCCUUUCCAGGUCUUGCGGUGCCCUCCACGGCCACCCACAGACGCACUUUAUAGUUUUGCGGUGGCAGUUCCCCGGUCAAGCUCGGACUACUGCGUGGCUUUUUGUCAAGAUGUUGCUGGAACUGUGCACAAUUCCACAGCAACCACACUACUGAGGGGGCGGCGGGUGUUUACACUGGUGGCAGCGACACACUGUUCUUCAGGUCCAUCAACUGACUGCCAUAAUCUCUCAACACCGCUUAGUCAGUGGACCCAUGUCGUCGUACGGAGAGUGAGAAACCUGUCUGAAAGAAUGUGGUUUUGGAAGAAAAAAAAAAUAAAAAAAUUAGACGGAUGAUGAGGGGUUUGCCGUGACGCCAUCAUUCAAGUUUAACACUCCAGGGUUUCUCCUUUAGCAGCACAGCUACAUUUUUCACAUUUUUGGAGAUUUUACUGAAUGGGUGGAACAAGGAGGAGUAGGCGUGGGGUUUGGCUGGGGGUGGGGUAUAUGAAAAUGGGCCUGGAAUUUGGUAGGAGAUGGGACAUAGGGAAGUGGGCGUGGGGGUUAACUUGGGGUGGAGCUUAUGAAAAUGCAAACCAGGUAGCUACUUAAUUCCUCUGGGACUGAUUCUGACACUGGUUGUAUCUGUGGGAUGGGCCCCUUCAAUAUCUCGAAGAAUAUGGGCUGAAGUGUGUGUGUGUGUGUGUGAGAGAGAGAGAGAGAGAGAGAGAGAGAGAGACUAAUGUUAUGUAUUAUGUGCAAAUGUUUGCCACCUUGUCUGCAGGUAUGCUAAAAAUCUAGAUACAUAAGAAAAAAAACUUUUGUACUCUUUCAUACCUGUCUGCAGAAAUCCAACAUUUGUAUUGUGGUUAAUUAAAUAUGUAAAUAUAUUUUAUAAUA